CAGUAGAAGUAGCAGCACCAGUAGUAGAUAGAGACAGCAGAGCCACAGUUACUGCAGCAGCAGCAGCAGCAGCGGCCAGGAGAGGCUGUCCUUCAGCCGUGCACCAUCUACCGCUGUAUUCACUCCUGCUCUGAGAACGCACCGCUCAUCCUUAUGCUCUCUUUCUGUGUCUCUCUCACUUUCUAUCCUCUUUGAAUUCCUCUCUCUCUCUCUCUCUCUCUCUCUCUCUCUCUCUCUCUCUCUCUUUCUCGCUCUCUCUCUUUUUCCUUCUCUCCCUCUCUGUAGCAGUGAUGGGGAAGACCACCAUGUAGAAACAGAGAGGCAGCGGAGGCAACAGCAGAAUAGCAGCAAUGGGAAGCCACACAUGGAGAGGGUCUGGACUGCAGCCGUGGUGAGCCUGAGACCUACAGGACUUGCAACCAUCUUUGCCCUUCUCAGGACCUGACCACUGGGGCUGUCCAGCGCUCACCUGGAUGCUCCCCACUUGUGUUUCUACAUCCCCUCCUCUCCUUGUUCUCUGCUGCUCUUUCUUCUCUUCUUCUGUUUCUUCACUUUGAUGGUUUUUGGUCUGCUGAUAUCUGACAGUGUCUCUUGAAACAGAAGCUAUUCAUCGAUUGAUCCCCCUCGGAUUUUUCCACCCUUUUUAAUCUCUCUAUUUGCCUACAUUACCUAGUGGCAUUCUUUUUUCUUUUUUCCUGCUUGAUACCCAUUUGGAUUUUUUUGGAUGAGACUGACCCCGUUGCUCGGGUGUGCAAGCUUUUGAUUGAUCUAUAAGCAAUAACAAACACUAAUCUAACUGACUUGACUAGCCAACAUCAUGGGGGACAUGUCGAACAGCGAUUUUUAUGCCAAGAACCAAAGAAACGAGGACAACCAUGCGGCGGGCUUCGGCUGCUCCGUCAUGGAGCUGCGCUCCUUGAUGGAGCUGCGUGGCACAGAGGCAGUGGUCAAGCUCCAGGAGGACUACACAGGCGUAGAGGGACUGUGCAAACGACUGAAAACCUCACCCACAGAAGGUCUCGCAGGUGCCCAGACUGACCUGGACAAGAGAAGAGAAAUAUAUGGUAAAAACCUGAUACCUCCAAAGAAGCCAAAAACCUUCCUGCAGCUGGUAUGGGAGGCCCUGCAGGACGUCACCCUCAUCAUCUUGGAGAUAGCUGCCCUGAUCUCCCUGGGACUCUCCUUCUACCACCCUCCCGGAGAGAGCGGCGGAGAGUUCUGUGCCACGGGGAAAGGUGGGGUGGAGGACGAGGGCGAGGCGGAUGCCGGCUGGAUAGAGGGCGCAGCUAUCCUGUUGUCUGUGGUGUGUGUGGUGCUGGUGACGGCCUUUAACGACUGGUCGAAGGAGAAGCAGUUCCGUGGGCUGCAGAGCCGCAUCGAGCAGGAGCAGAAAUUCCAGGUGGUCCGCGGUAGUCAGGUCAUACAGUUGCCUGUGUCGGACAUUGUGGUGGGAGAUAUUGCACAGAUCAAAUACGGCGAUUUGCUUCCCGCUGAUGGAGUGUUGAUCCAGGGCAAUGAUCUGAAGAUUGAUGAGUCAUCACUGACUGGAGAGUCUGACCACGUCAAAAAGUGUGCAGACAUGGACCCCAUGCUGUUGUCUGGCACCCAUGUGAUGGAGGGGUCAGGGCGCAUGGUGGUGACUGCUGUCGGUGUCAACUCUCAGACUGGAAUCAUCUUCACCCUGCUGGGGGCUGGCACAGAGGAAGAAGAGAAAAUAGAAAAGAAAGGAGGGGCAGUGGAAGACGGACACCAGAAUACAGACUCCCAUCCCCCUAUCCACCCCAUCGCAACUAUAGCCACGGAUGGGGCUGCAGGCUGUAAUGCCCCUGGCAUUGCCAGCCUUAAUAAUGGUAAAAUGCAAGAUGGCAAUAUGGAGAGCAACCAGAUUAAAGUAAAGAAGCAGGAUGGAGCAGCUGCCAUGGAGAUGCAGCCUUUAAAGAGUGCUGAAGGUGGAGAGUCUGAUGAGAAAGAGAAGAAGAAAAGGGUGCACGGUUCUAAGAAAGAGAAAUCUGUGCUUCAAGGGAAGCUGACCAAACUUGCCGUCCAGAUUGGCAAAGCAGGUUUGCUCAUGUCAGCCAUCACAGUCAUCAUCCUGGUCCUGUACUUUGCAAUUGACAACUUUGUGAUGCAAAAGCAGCCUUGGAUGCCAGAGUGCACUCCCAUCUACGUCCAGUACUUUGUCAAGUUCUUCAUCAUCGGUGUGACUGUGUUGGUGGUGGCCGUGCCGGAGGGGCUGCCGCUGGCUGUCACCAUCUCCCUGGCCUAUUCUGUUAAGAAAAUGAUGAAAGACAACAACCUGGUGCGUCACCUGGAUGCAUGUGAAACGAUGGGAAAUGCUACAGCCAUCUGCUCUGACAAGACAGGCACGCUAACCACUAACCGCAUGACGGCUGUGCAGUGUUACAUGGGAGAUGUGCACUACAGAGAAAUCCCAGAUCCUGGAGCUCUGUCACCCAAAUUACUGGACUUACUGGUCAAUUCCAUCUCCCUAAACAGCGCCUAUACCACCAAGAUUCUGCCCCCAGAUAAGGAAGGCGGUCUGCCGAAGCAGGUGGGCAACAAGACAGAGUGUGGCCUGCUGGGAUUGGUCUUGGACCUGAAGCGGGAUUACCAGCCAAUAAGAAACCAAAUCCCAGAAGAGAAGCUUUACAAAGUCUACACUUUCAACUCUUCCAGGAAGUCCAUGAGCACUGUCAUCAAAUUGUCUGAUGGGAACUUCCGCAUGUACAGCAAGGGAGCCUCUGAGAUUGUCCUCAAAAAAUGCAACCAUAUCCUGAAUGAGGUGGGUGAGCCAAGGGUUUUCCGUCCACGGGACAAGGACGAGAUGGUGAAGAAGGUAAUCGAGCCCAUGGCGUGUGAAGGCCUGAGGACUAUCUGUGUGGCGUACCGUGACUUCUCUGGUGAUCCCGAGCCCAACUGGGACGAUGAGACCAGUAUCCUUAACAACCUCACAGCCAUCUGUGUUGUUGGGAUAGAGGAUCCUGUCAGGCCAGAGGUGCCCGAUGCUAUAUUGAAGUGCCAGCGUGCAGGCAUCACAGUGCGCAUGGUGACAGGAGACAACAUAAACACAGCCAGGGCCAUAGCCAUUAAGUGUGGUAUCAUCCACCCCGGAGAGGACUUCCUCUGCAUCGAUGGCAAAGAGUUCAACCGGAGGAUCCGCAACGAGAAAGGGGAGGUGGAGCAGGAGCGAAUGGACAAGGUUUGGCCUAAACUCCGAGUUCUGGCCAGAUCUUCCCCAACCGAUAAACACACACUCGUCAAAGGCAUCAUUGACAGUACUAUAGCAGACCAGAGGCAGGUUGUGGCUGUGACAGGAGAUGGUACCAAUGAUGGACCUGCACUUAAGAAAGCUGAUGUUGGAUUCGCCAUGGGUAUUGCGGGUACAGAUGUGGCCAAGGAGGCAUCAGAUAUCAUUCUGACUGAUGAUAACUUCAGCAGCAUUGUUAAAGCAGUAAUGUGGGGCCGGAACGUCUACGACAGCAUCUCCAAGUUUCUUCAGUUCCAGCUUACUGUCAAUGUUGUGGCUGUCAUAGUGGCUUUCACUGGCGCCUGCAUCACACAGGACUCUCCCCUGAAGGCUGUGCAGAUGUUGUGGGUAAACCUCAUUAUGGAUACGUUUGCAUCUCUUGCCCUGGCGACAGAGCCUCCCACAGAGUCUUUGCUAAUGAGGAAACCAUACGGUCGCAACAAGCCUCUCAUCUCCAGCACCAUGACAAAGAAUAUCCUGGGACAUGGAGUCUUUCAGCUCAUCAUCAUCUUCACACUUCUCUUUGUUGGUGAGAAGAUCUUUGACAUUGACAGUGGCCGUAAUGCUCCUCUCAAUUCUCCUCCAUCUGAGCACUACACCAUUAUCUUCAACACCUUCGUCAUGAUGCAGCUCUUCAACGAGAUAAAUGCCCGCAAAAUCCAUGGAGAGAGGAACGUCUUUGAUGGAAUCUUCAGGAACCCCAUCUUCUGCAGUAUAGUUUUUGGCACCUUUGCUAUGCAGAUUGUGAUUGUGCAAUUUGGAGGGAAGCCAUUCAGCUGUCAACCUCUGAACCUGGAAAAGUGGAUGUGGUGUGUUUUUCUCGGGCUGGGAGAGCUUGUCUGGGGACAGGUGAUAGCUACCAUACCCAAUAGCAGGUUGCGUUUCCUGCGGAGGGCAGGCCAGUUAACUCGGAAAGAUGAGCUACCAGAGGAGGACGCAAAUGAAGACAAUGAGGAGAUUGACCAUGCAGAGAGGGAGCUGAGGAGAGGACAGAUCCUCUGGUUCAGAGGACUCAACCGCAUUCAGACUCAGAUUGACGUAGUGAACACCUUCAAGAGUGGCACCUCCUUUCAGGGGGCGGGGGCUCUGAGACGCCAAUCAUCCACCACCAGCCAGACCCAGGAUAUCCGUGUUGUGAAUGCAUUCCGUAGCUCCCUCUAUGAAGGCCUGGAGAAACCGGACCCCCGAUCAUCCAUCCACAACUUCAUGACACACCCCGAGUUUAGGAUAGAAGACUCCACGCCCAACAUUCCCCUCAUUGACGACACGGACGAUGAUUCUGCUCGGAGGAGGAAGUACUCCAGCCAGCCUUCAUCCCCCAACAAGAAUAACAACGCCAUCGACAGUGGCAUCAAUCUCACCAUCGACACCAGUAAAUCAGCCGCCUCCUCCAGCCCUGCCAGCCCUCUUCACAGCUUGGAGACCAGCCUCUAACCCUGAUCCUAACCUGAGCUCUAACCUUUAUGUUGUUUUCUUGCAGUCUGGAGGCACCUUCGCUAAUUCCUCCGGACAUUUAACUGCAACCUUACACCUUGUUGCCCCCAACAUUUCAACCAGUCCAGCUGAAUCCUCAACU